CUUUUACUCUUUUCCUCUCGUCACUUUUGAUCACAUAAGAAAGUUCAAUAAUAAAUAUUCAUCUCUCGUUCUCACUUACAAAGACCACAAAGCUUUGUCUUUAUAAAUUAUUAAUACACAACAUAUUCGUUAAUAUAUUCAUUUUUACAUUAUUGGAGGAUGAGACCCUGGAGAAGAAAGAAGGUGAGCGAGCAGAGGGAGUGGUUCUUGAAAAACGGCAGCACUUUCCUACAAGAACUCAUCGCAGAUUCCAACGGUAUUUCAAACCCGAUCCGGUUCUUCUCUUCGGAUCAAAUCCUCAAGGCCACGGAUCGAUUCCAUCCAAACUGCUUUAUCUCUCGUCACAGAUUCUUCACCUGGUACAAGGGCGUCAUCGAAGACCGACCUUACGCGAUCAAGAAAUUCACAGAUUCAUGGUUUUCAGAAGAGAGUGAGCGAGAGGUUUACAACGACAUCGUCUUAUCUUCUCGGGUAAGCAACCAUAGUAGCUUUCUCAAACUUUUAGGAUGCUCUCUCGAGUUUCCACUUCCGGUUAUUGUAUUCGAAUACCCAGAGAAUGAAGUUUUGAACGAGCGAGGAGCUUGCGUCGUUGACGGCACGUUAUUGCCUUGGAAAGUUCGCUUGAAGAUUGCCAAGGAGGUGGCCAGUGCUGUGACUUAUCUCCACACGGCUUUCCCUAGGAUUAUUAUUCACAGAGAUAUCAAGCCGACUAAUGUUUUCUUGGAUAAGAACUGGAAUGCUAAGCUGACUGAUUUCACGUUUUCGGUAUCACUCCCUGUGGGGAAGUCAUGGAUUAAGGAUAAAGUGGUGGGAACUUUCGGUUACAUAGAUCCGGUUUACUUCUCCAGGGGUUUAGUGACGGAAUACACAGAUGUGUUCAGUUUUGGAAUCUUUAUGUUCGUUCUUUUGUUGGGAAAACCGGCAAGUUUCCCUGGAUCAGAUGGGUAUCAUUGUAAUAUUCUUGAUUAUGUGAAGGAUCUACAGGAGAGAGGAGAACCUGUUGAAUUCGUGGGUGGUUCGAACGAUAUGAUGCCUGGUCAGAUGAAAAUGUUUCUCGAUCUGGCACUGAGAUGCUGCAAGGAGAGGAGUGAAGACAGGCCAAAGAUGAUUUUGGUAGCAAAAGAGAUUAAGCUACUAGCAAAAGGAUCCCAUGAUUGUUCUGAGGAUGGUCAAAUUUAAGAUUUUUGAGAUUAUGCUCAUAUUCGGGUUGUGUAUUGCUGGAUUUCUAAUUUUUAAGAGUUUUUGUUUUCUUUGAUCAAAAAAAAAAAAAAA